AGCAGAGAGUCGCAGGCAGUGUGGCAGCUGGGAAUGUGAGAGCCUCUACACAGACUGCUAUUUCAGGACUGGGGAACACAGUAGCACAGGGCUGGCCGGGAAGGUAGGCUCUGCCUUCUCCUCCACUCCAGCCAACAACUGCAGGCUUCAUUUGGCGGGCGGGGGGGACCUUGGUUUUCUGUCCGGGGAGUCGGUUGUUCUCAGACCGCAUCAGAUGGUCAACACACAGCCGAUGGUGGUGACUCACUGCGGGGCUGCAUGCUAGAGGGGACCUUCCGGACCACCUAACCGUGUUUGUUCCCCGCUGACUGUCUCUGCACGUAGACUACGCAAACACCUUAUCUCCUGCCUGCUGAGUCCAGUGUAAGAUGCAGUGAAGGGACACCGUUUAGUCAGUGUGUUAGUUUGUGUCUCUGGGUGUAAAAAGGCUCGUUUAAAUGUUUCACCGAGCCGCCGACGCCACCGACGAUGGACUGAAAUCAGCGGCGGGGGCCAGCGACACACAACCUGCCGCGAUUUCCUGCAUGUGAAUAAAUAAAUGAUAGAGGAUACAAUGACCCUGCUGUCUCUGUUAGGAAGGAUCAUGCGUUAUUUUCUGCUUAGACCGGAGACCUUGUUUCUGCUGUGCAUCAGCCUGGCUCUCUGGAGUUACUUCUUCCACACGGACGAAGUGAAGACCAUCGUCAAGUCGAGCCGGGAUGCGGUCAAGAUGGUCAAGGGGAAAGUGGCGGAGAUGAUGCAGAACGAACGCUUCGGCGGGCUGGACGUCCUGGACGCGCAGUUCUCCAAGACGUGGGAGUUCAAGAGCAACAAUGUGGCCGUGUACUCCAUCCAGGGCCGACGAGAGCACAUGGAGGACCGGUUCGAGGUGCUCGCCGACCUCGUCAACAAGAGUCAUCCUUCUGUAUUUGGGAUUUUUGACGGCCAUGGAGGAGAGGCUGCUGCUGACUUUGCCAAGGCCCACCUGGCCCCGGCGCUCCGCCAGCAGCUGCUGACCUAUGAACGGGAGAAAGACCGAGACCGGGAUAAAGACAAGGAGAAAGACGAGAAAAAGGAGAGAGGGGGCCUGAACUAUCCUUCCAUCCUGGAGCAGCAGAUCCUGAAUUUGGACAGGGAAAUGCUGGAGAAGCUUUCAGCCACGUACAAUGAAGCAGGUACUACGUGUCUGGUGGCCCUGCUGUCUGAUAAGGAGCUGACGGUGGCCAACGUGGGAGACUCUCGUGGAGUCCUUUGCGAUAAAGACGGCAACGCCAUUCCUCUAUCGCACGAUCACAAACCGUACCAGCUGAAAGAACGCAAGAGAAUCAAGAAGGCCGGAGGCUUCAUCAGCUUCAACGGCUCGUGGCGAGUUCAGGGCAUCUUGGCCAUGUCCCGGUCUCUCGGCGACUACCCGCUGAAGAACCUCAACGUGGUCAUUCCUGAUCCCGACAUCAUGUCGUUCGACCUGAACAAGCUGCAGCCCCAGUUCAUGAUCCUGGCAUCGGACGGCCUGUGGGACACCUUCAGCAACGAGGAGGCAGUCCGCUUCAUCAAGGAACGACUGGACGAGCCGCAUUUUGGUGCCAAGAGCAUCGUCCUCCAAUCCUUCUAUCGUGGUUGCCCCGACAACAUCACUGUCAUGGUGGUCAAGUUUAAAGGCAAGGCUAGCGAGAAGUAGAACGCCCGUCUACCACACUCGAUAAUGUUUGAAUAUCAUUAAGAAUACAAUAGGUUUAAGAUAAACAAUUUUAAAAAAAAGAGUGCAACUUUUUUUGAUCAAGAACUAUUUCUAUCACAGAUAUUUACAGAUGUUACUUAUCAAUGCAUCCGUACAUGAACCGUCCCCUCUCCUUUUAUUUUUACUUAAAACAUUAAGUGUCUCUAAUUUAGGCUUUAGUCAAUGUUGCUCUGACACCUUAAUGCAAACUGGGUCACUGUUAUGCAAAAUAAACAGAUUCAGCUCGGUGCAGCUGUGGGUGUAUCCAUGACUCUGCACAUAUUUGUGUGUGUGUGUGUGUGUGUGUUUGUGUGUGUGUGUGUGUGUGUGUUUGUGUGUGUGUGUGUGACUGAAAGGCGAAUCAGUGAUAGAUAUCAGUCUUUAUGUGAUAAUUACACACAAGUGUCACAUUAACAUCCAUAUCAUUGUCUAACAAAUAACAAGAAAGUUUGACCUCCACAUGAUUUUACUCAUCAUCUAUUUGACUCAUGUUAUAGUCCAGUUCCUUAAAGUCUACCGAGCGUCAGCCCUGAGAAGUCCGGAGACUUUUUUUCAACAUCAAAUACGUGUCCCUGGUGCAAAAUCAUGCAUAUGCCUUUAUUCCCUUUAUACAUGAGAAACACAUGUGGUAAUGUGCAUGCGAUUGUUCAAACACCACCAUUCAUAUUGUACAGCAAGAGAAACCACCACAAUGACAUAUCACACUUAUAUAAUGAUGGGUUCCCGGUGUUCCUUUUUGAGUUGCCACAUUUUCUAAGUUGAGGCAUUGAAUGUCUAAAAAAAAAUCUCUUGAAAAAGUUUUUAUUUCAGAUAUUAUUGUUUACUUUUUAAAACCCAAAGACUCAUGUGACCUCUGAUAAUGUCCUGAUAAUUGGAUAAUGAAAUGUGUCAUCGAACAGCAACCUCACUUUAAAUGUGUCUAAAAUGAAACUCAUAGCUAAAGCAAUACCUCCUCAAAUCAUUUGCCCAUAAGUAAUUAUAGAUUUGUGAAGUGUUGAAGGAAUGUAUCAGAUGAUAAGAUAUAACAUCGACUGUUACUCAAACGUGUGUGAAAGGCAAACAUUGAGUUACUACCGAUAGAAACUGGCGGGUAUGAUUUUAUUGUUUUAUCUAUAGGACUUUAUCAUGUCAGAUUAAAAAAACCUUUCAACAGGCUUUUCAAAAGAAUUGUGACCCUUCGUUUACUACUUCCUGUCAUCUGUUCAAUUCAUCAAUGUGAUCUCCACUCAGAACAAAAGUCCUUUAUUCUGGUGCAGAUAAUGUCAAGUCUCCCUGAACUCUAACUCAAACAUGUAAUAAGCCUUUGAAUGGACUACGUUAUUGUUGCCUUAUGUUUUUCGACUGUUCAUUUCCUGUGUUGAAGUCUGCUGCCAAAACUACUUCUCGUUUUUUUUUUUUUUGUAUGUAUCGCAGUUGAUUAUACCAUGCACACCGCACGACCUCGUGUCAUAUCUUGCUAACUCAGAUGUAGAAAAGCAUUGUUUCAAGACGUCUCCGAGAGACAUGAAAUUGUAAGAUGAAUGUAUAUACUGUCCUAUUGUUGGUAUCACCCCUCCACUGUUUCUACAGCAGUGCGCCUGUCCAUGGAUUGUUGAACUUCAGAGAUAUAAACAUGAUAAAAGAUCAA